AUGUCCAUCCACCACAACCCCAUCACGCAAGAACCAUACCUGCGCCUCCCCGCCCCCCACUCCUCCAUCAUCAUCACGCCCUUCCGCGCCGUCAAUCCCGCCGACCAAUCCGCCAUGGUGCGCAACAUGAACGACCCCCUCGUGGCAACCUGGCUCAUCGGCCCCCCAUACCCGUAUCAGCCCGAGAACGCGCAGUUCUGGAUCAACAUGUCGCGUCCGCAGUGCGCCGCCAUCCUCGAAGAAGCCAAGUCGCAGCAGUAUGUGUCCGGGAGUCCGUUCCGGUGUGUGCGCGAGGUCGUGGAGGAGGAUGAGGAGGGGAUUAAGAGGGAUAAAUUGAUCGGGGGGAUCGACGUUACUGAGUAUCCGUUUUUGGAGUUUGCGGAGGGGAGUAGGGAGAGGGAGGAGGGCGUUAAGAGGAAUAGUGAGUUGGAGGUGGGCAGUGGGGAGAGGGUUUGGGGGGUUGGUGAUUGGCUGGAUCCGGCGUACCACGGCCGAGGGAUCAUGACGGCUGUUGUCAAGACCGUCAUCCACGAGUGGGCCAUUCCUCGCAUGAACGCGCGCCACUUCAAGGUCUCUGCGUUUGUCGGGAACCAAGGGAGCGUGAGGGUGUUUGAGAAGUUGGGAUUCCAGCACCAUAAGAAGCUGGACGACUGGGUGCAUCUACCGGCUAGCCGGGGAGGAGGAAGGCGGUCACUUCAUAUUCUCUCUCUCGAUGUAUAA